GUUUCUUUCCAAGGGGACAACAAAAUUCUACUUUUAUCUAUUGUCUUCGUUGGCAUCAUGUUCUACCGCCAUUCUCUCUCCAGAGGAUCGCGUUUAGCACCGUUGUUGCUUUGCAUCUUUGUUUUUACAACCUUUGUAAACUCUUCUACACCAAAAGACUUCAAAUAUCUCAUUCAGAAUCAGUUUUCUGCCAGACAGGACGCCAGUGCUGUUCCAAGCUGGCAAAAAUAUGUCAGAGCUCCCUCUUCCAAUGACAUCACACCUCAACGCAUUGUUAAUACCUCCGGAGAUGUCGAUAAUCCUAGUGCUCUCCUUCGACAAGGUGGUGGGAUUACCACAUUGACUAGAGCUAAUGGAUCAAGUAAUGUUCCUUCUAUCAUUGUUGACUUUGGACAAAACACCGUGGGAUACCUGAGCAUCAACUUUGCUGGUGCUUCAGCAACUUCCCCCGGUAUUCGACUUGCUUUCUCCGAAACUUUGACAUAUCUUUCCAAUAUCAGUGACUUUUCACGAUCAAACAGUGGCGAAACAAUCACUCCAGGAUCUGAUCAGAUUGCUGUUGAUAACCAACCGUAUACCUGGAAUAAUGAGCACGGGUGUCAACAAGGUACACAAGUGUGUGCCGAUGGCCUUCAUGGUUUUCGAUACGUCAAGAUUUAUCUCGAUGCAUUAGCCGCAGACGCACCAUAUACAGCACCAUAUGGAGAGGUAUCUAUCGAUUAUUUGAGCUUGAAAUUCUCAGGUGUUCAUGGCACACCGGAUACAUUCACUGGAUGGUUCGAAAGCUCUGAUGAAGAUUUCAAUCAAUGGUGGUAUGAUGGUGUAUACACCAAUGAUAUAGCAACCGACAUUUUUCUACAAAAUUCUAGCGACCCUCGAGGUGCCUUCAGUCCAACUCUUGAUGGCAAAUUGGUUCUUCUGGAUGGAGCAAAACGAGAUAGAGACCCAUAUGUCGGUGAUGUUGCUGUUGCCGGAAAGACAUUGUUCUUGUCGCAUGAUGCACCCGAAGCAUCUCGUAAUGUUCUUGCAGAUUUGGGAGAUCAUCAACGUGCUGAUGGAUGGAUCCCCCCCGCAUCAAUUGGCAGCUAUGAUCUUCACCUUCUCGAUUAUCCGUUGUGGUGGAUCGUCAGUAGUUACGAUUUGUUGAUGUACACCGGCGACAAUGAUUACAUUACAAAAUACUACCCCAACAUUGUCAAAGUCCUGGACGUAUUCUAUCCAUCUGUCACAGAUAACGGUACAAGCCUUAUCUGGAAAGGAGUUGGUAUAUCGGGAAGUUAUGGUGAUUACGCAUUCCUUCCUCGUUUUGGUCCAGUCACAUACUAUAGCGCCCUUUACGUUCUUGCCCUCGAGAACGCUGCUGUAAUUGCCAAAUCCCAAGGGCAACCUUCCGAUGCUUCUCGCUGGCUCGUUCGUGCUAAAGUUGUAUCUGAUGCACUCAAUUCCAACAACUUUGACAACUCGGUCGGGGCAUUCUUCGAUGGACAAGGUCCUCCCUGCGUCGGCGAAGCGUUUUGCAAUACCCACGCUCAGGAUGGAAACUCUAUAUCUAUUCUCGCUGGAGUUACCAAUUCUUCUCGCUCCAGCUCUAUUCUCAACUACCUCAAUACCGCCAACAAUCGCUUUUACGGCAACUCAUUCUAUGACAACGACGUUUUGCAAGCAGAUUUCUCGCAGCGUGUCUAUGCAUUCAUAUCUUUCUUCGAAAUAUCCGCUCGAUUCAAGACCAACCUCGUAGCAAGCGCCUUUGAUGAAAUCAGAAGAUUAUAUGGUUGGAUGGCCAAAACCGAUCCCAAAGUUACUAUGUGGGAAGGUAUUGGGCCGAAUGGAAGUCCAUACGAACAAGGAUUUACAAGCAUGGCUCACGGAUGGAGCACGGGUAUUGUACCUGCAAUGAGUAACUAUGUCUUGGGUGUAAUUCCUACAGGACCUGGAUUUUCCACUUGGAGCGUAAAGCCAUAUCCGGGUGAUCUUAAGUGGGCUAAAGGUCGAAUUCCCACUCCGAAGGGUCCAAUUAAUGUGAAUUGGAGUAUCAAUUCUAGCGGGUGGUUUUUGAUGAGUGUAGAUGCUCCUUCUGGUACAUCUGGGUCAGUUAGUCUACCGGUUAGAUUUAGUACAUCUGUGAAACGCGAUACUGCAAUCGAAAUCAAUGUUGAUGGGGAGGUCGCAUGGAAUAAUGGACCUAAAGCUUUCGAUGCGCAGUUGAAUGGGGACGAUGGAUACAUUACUUUGAGUUUGGCAGGUGGUGCUAUUCAUAACAUUACAGUCAAGGCUUAACGACUGGCCUGAUUUUAUUUCCUUUCUUAUGUACUUAUUUGGAACGAAAUUUCGUGUUCAUAUCGAGGUCUGAUUAGUUGGGAUAGGAGCAAGGAUAUGAAUCUUCAUGAAGAGUCUGAUGGGAAACUAUCUGGUGAAUAGGGUUAUUAGGCAGGUUAAUCGGUAUGGGCAUUAUUUUCUUAACAAAUGAAUAAUCAAGCCAUUCCA